AGGGCGGAGCUCCUGGCUUGUAGUACGUGUGCUUCACUGCGGUUAGCUUCAGCGGCUAACACCUUUAGCUCAGUACAAGUCACAAACAUGGUGCUGCUGGAAAAUGACUCGUUCCUCACAGAGCUGACGCGACUCUUCCAGAAGUGCAGAACAUCAGGCAGCGUCGUCAUCACAUUAAAGAAGUACGAUGGAAGAACUAAGCCAGUGCCCAGGAAGGGCCACUCGGAGUCAUUUGAACCUGCUGACAACAAGUGUCUAAUCAGAGCGUCUGAUGGAAAGAGAAAAAUUAGCACAGUGGUCAGCACCAAAGAAGUAAUCAAGUUUCAGAUGGCCUAUUCCAACCUCCUCAGAGCUCACAUGGAUGGACUAAAGAAGAAAGACAAGAAAAGCAAAAGCAAGAAAACCAAAGCCACGCAGUGAGCGCCAGACUCUUUGAAACAACAUUGGGUCCCUUUGACUGGCCUGUACGACCUGGGGCAGCGGGAGGGGGGCUCCGUCUGCAGCCCCACCCGGCCUCAGGACCGCCGGUCAUCCACCCAGUGACUGCUCAGACAUUAUGCCAUCGCUUGCAUGGAGACAUCUCAUCCCUGGCUGUCUGGUGCCAUCAGUGGUUUGGAACAGGAAAGCCUGAGGGAAUCUCACACUGUGCGACGCAAGCCAACAUCACCCAACCUUCAGAACCCGUUUCUCCACAGCCGAGCUGCAUCUGGAGUUUCCCCCCCCCCUCACAGCCCCUCAUUCUAUUUAAUUGUUAGAGUCCCUGUUCGUGUCGGGAUCUUAUUUUUGUGGAAGGAACUUUUUGAUUUUUCUUCUUAAUUGAGUCUAAAUUCAUGCAUGGGGGGCUCGGAAAUAAGACAGAGUAAAAUGGUUUAUUUGUCCAAUUCCACUGGAUGUUGCUGUUCGGUUCUGGGCGAAAUUCUUUUUUUUUCGAGUCAAAUUAAUGUUAUCUUUGCCUCCCUUCUUUCUACAUUCUAAUGCCAACCCACAACAAAAUGAUAAAAUGUACUGUACAAAAAAAUGAGUUGAAAGUUUUACUGAAAGGCAUGUUUCAUUUCUGAAUAGAGACAAACGCGAACAGCUGUAAUUCUGACGACGGCGUUUCUGUUUGUCACCAUUACAAGGCAGGUUCGCCUCCAGCCACGACAUUUUGUCCUUCACCCGCUCAGUCCCGAGUCCUUGUUGUAGUGGAGGAGAACAGCAGUGGGAAUUCAAGUUCCAAAAUAAAGUGCUUUGUUACAAGAUA